AUGUUAAACAGAAUAAAUAAUCUCUUUCCAGAUUUAAAGCCGACAGAUCCCAUUCAAGAAGAAUUUUACAACAAACUCAUGACUAAUAUAGUAGAAAUAUUUAUAGGUACAGAUUGCAUCGAUCAAAUGUUACAACGUUUAGGAAAAAUAGAUAAAAAAAGAAUAACAUUAAUUGCUCAUAACGCUAGCGGUUUUGAUAACUGGAUCAUGAUCAGAAACGUAAAAAAACUAACACAAUGCCCUUUAAAAACGACCAGAGGAAUUCUGUCUCUGCCUUUAACUAAUUCAUUCACUGAUGAAGAUUUACAGAAAAAAUGGAAAAGACAGAAAGAAAUAAAGGGUAACUCUAAUUAUUUGCAAAAUAUUAAUUUCAUAUGUUCCUAUCAACACGAAUCAUCUAGUUUGGCAGCAUGGGGAAAUUCAUCUAAUCUACCAAUGAAUUUGAGAAAGAUCGGGGAUGUUAAUAUUGCAAAAUACACUAAAGAUAAUUGGGAAUCUUUAAGACACGAAUGGGAACCUUACGCUAAAAGAGAUACGUUAUGUCUCGGAGCUUGUUUGAUAAAAUACAAUCAAGUAAUGAAAGAAGUUGUAUUUCAGAAUAUUUCCAAUAGUCAAGCGACUUUAAAAGCCAACUAUGAUUCACACGUCAAAAGCUAUGAAAAAGUAAAUGAUAGUCAAUAUAUAGUUGAGAUAAAUGAAGAAGAAAAAGAAUUUAUUCCUCCUAAAUCUACACGACUAACACCUAGUCAUUUGGGAUCAUUCGUUUUAUCUCACAGUAAAAAAAUAAUGAAUAAUUUUAUUCACGUGAUAGAUGGAUUUUAUAAGCCUGAAAUAUACUAUACGGAUACCGAUAGUUUAUACAUUGCGUCUAGCAAUAGAGAUAAAUUAAAUGAAGCUGGCGCCAAAGUUAAAUACAAUAUCAUUCUAACUUCCGAUGGUUUUUUAAAAGCAAAGAAAACGUUUAAGGGUUACUCUAAAGAUAAGAUAUCCGUAGAAGAUUAUAUUCGAUUAGCUAGUGGACUCGAUGUAACGAAUGAAUUUAAGAAACCUUGGGUAAAAAGUUCCACCAAUGGAGUAGUUAUUCCAAAGGAUGAUGAUAAACAAAAAAGAGUUUUUAGAAGUUAUCUAAAUCUCGUUAAGAGAAAAGCACCAAACAGUGAAGGAAUCAUAUAUCCUUACAACGACGGAAAAGAAUUGAACAUGGAUGAAAACUACGAAUUUGAUGAUCACGAUUAUCUAACUAUUCAAGAAGAGAAUGAAGAGUGUUAA